AUGACCUACCCCAAAGCCACAUAUAUGAAAGCAGCUAGAGUGCUUGCAGAGCAGUUUCAAGAUCAGAAAGGUGGUGAGAAGAAUGACACUGCCUGCAAGAUGAAGUUUUCUGCUCUCAAGACCAGUUACCAUGCUGCAGCAGACCUCAGAUUUGGAGGGUCAUCAUCAGGGUCCAUGUGGACAGAUGAUGGGGGGCUUGCAUGGACAAUAGCUCAGCUUAGUGCUUGGGUGGGGUAUGUGAAGUCCCAUCCUCAUGCCAAGCAAUUCCAGAACAAGAGAUUCCUGCAUUUCACCAUAUUCAACCUCUUGGCAGCCAGCAGUACAGCAAAAGGAAUCCAUGUUCACUGGAUCCAGAGGCAGAAGGCAGGCUCCACAUUGUCUGGCACCAAUUAA